GUCGAACAUCACGACCGGAGAGCUCUCUCUAGCCGUCUUCCCUCAUCGUCCCGCGGCAGCGCGAGCGCAUGUUGCACCGUACCUUCUCUCAUUGGCUAAAUUCAUCAAUAGGUAUUCAACUGCCUCGCAUCCUUCUUCGACGGGAGUUUUCUCGUGCUCUGCCUGCCAUGGCCUCCCCACCGCGCAAACUCGUGGUCCUCGACCUGAAUGGCACUCUUGUUGUCCGCUCUAAGGCCGGGCGUGGUGCGCACGUACCACCUCCUUCGGAUCCAUAUAUCUCCUUCGCGCCUGGUGCGCAAGCGAUCAAGGUCCCGCUCCCUCCACGCAUCGUGUACUCCCGGCCCUUUCUGCGGCCUUUUCAGCAGUUCUUGACGCAUCCCUCGACGCGCGCAUGGCUUGAUGCGAUGGUCUGGAGCUCAGCUCAGCCACAUAGCAUCGAAAGCAUGGUCUCGCACGCCUUUCCGGGUGAGGCGCGGAAUGUGCUAUGCGCUGUGUGGACGCGGAAGGAUUUGGGCUUGAGCGAGAAGGAGUAUUUCAAGAAGACGCCAACGACGAAGGACCUGGCGAAGAUCUGGAAAGUCAUCCCCGAGCACUCGGGCAAAUCAACGGUCCUUGUAGACGAUUCCAUACUCAAGGCGCAUCUGCAACCUUUCAACCACCUAUGUUUGCCGGAGUACACGCUCAAGGCACGCGCUACAGAUCUGGCACUUGUCGCAGAACCCGCGCCGCCUGGAGGCAAGAAGAAGAGAAAUAGGAAUAAGAAGAAAAAGAUCGCUGGCUCUGCACCACCUGAAGCGGACAACGCCAACGACGCAGAAGCGUUGUCCUCGCGCCUGCAGGCCGUCGCGGUAACCGAAUUAAAGCGCGAGCCGCCUGCCACAGAAGUAAUCGAGCCUGCUCGAGCUCUUGACUCGAUGUCGGCUACGCCUUCUCCGCUGGACACGACAACGCCUGCAGAGGUCGUGCACGACAGCGUCGCUGCUGGGACCACAGAUCCACGCGCUCCCGCGGGCGUCGAUGCUGCGUUGCUUGCUGUCGUGGGCAUCAUAUACAAGCUCAAGGAGGUGGAAGAUGUAGCCGAGUGGUUCAAGGAGGGGCAUGUUGCAAGAACCGAUGGACUGAAGGCUGGCGAGUCUGAAUCAUCUGUGCAAGGCAACAUAGAUCACGGGCAGGGCAUGUGGUUCCACGACGCUGGUGUAGUGAGGGCGUGGGUGCAGGAGGGAAUACGCGUUCUCGAUGAAUUAGGGAUCGAGAUCGUGCACGGUAUUGAACCAUCUGGACAACAACCCAGCUUAUGAACAACUAGGACACCGUCAUGGCCCCACGUAGAUGCGCUAGACUGUCGUGUAUUCCUCUCUAGCUGUCCUUAGAGGAUAUAUGUGCUACAGCCAAGGAUGAGAUAUUCGUACGCUGUAGAGCGGAUAUCGCAGCG